AUGCGAGCGAUGUCGCCUCGUGAUGCACUCCUCGUCAUCCUCGGCGCGGGGGGCAUGUACUUGGUCAACGUCUUCGUGCCCUUCUCGGAGCCUGUCGCGCUCGUGGAGGAGCCCCUGGCCAGCAAGUCUGACCUGGGCAUGCCCGAGGAGGUCUUCGUACCUCCCGCACCAGCUGCAGUGGAUGUAGUGGUUCCUGCGCCACAAGCGCCCCGGCCUAUCCUCGAAGAGCCGCUCAUCGAACCGCCCAAACCGCGCCCUCCACUAGCACCCACAGUAAUGCACCAACACGCGCCGGGAUGGACCAUCUUUGACAACUUGUAUAUGGCCAACGGAACCUUGUUUGCUGUGACCGAUACGCCAGAUGAUUUCCCCGCCAUCGAGUGGAUGACCUCGACUGGAUUGCCCGCCGUGAAUAGCCCGGAGAGUAUUCAGGAGCGCAUGCCGACCGCGCAGGACUUCUCCUUCAUCACCACGGCCGAGGCAAAGCGGAGAUGGGGGAACGAUGCGGACGAGACGCAGGCGCGCGUGUUCAAUAUCGACGGAAAUACUCUUCUUUUCAACGAUCCCGAUCAAUUCCUCAAUCACUAUUACCACUUCUGCGCGGAGCUCAUGUUCGGCGCGUGGGCGUUCUGGACCGGCACCUUCCCCGAUGACACGCCUUCAGUCUGGGCACGCGCUAUGUUCCCCCAUACUGGCUGGAGCUGGCGUGACAACCCGGGCAUGAACGCGCUCUUCGCGCGCGGCGGCUUUCCUACGCUUCACAUCGAGGUCGACUCGGACUGGAAAGACCGUGUUGCCGCAACGGCUGUCACUGAGGAGCAGCUCGCCGUCCCGGAGAAGAACCGCGCAUGGCGCUUCGAUCGCGUCUUACUUGCGGAUCGCAGCGCUGCUUUUCGGGGUCCCGAAUGCGGCUCGCGGACACAGCGUACAGCUGCCGAGGCAAUGUUGGGUGUUGUCCCCAAGGACCGCGACGGGAAGCCUGUACCUGGGCACGAAUUCUUGGAGCGUGGAUGGUGGGAGCCGGUGCGGCGUCGGGUUCUCAACUUUGUUGGCGUACCGAAGGCACAACUCGAUCUAUUCAAACUGGAUGAGUCUGAACGCGUACUGCCGAACGAGAAGAUCGUCGUUACGUAUGUUGACCGCCAGUCCGUACGGAGACACCUUAUCCAUGAAGAUCAUGAGCUACUCGUUCAAUCACUCCGCGACUUGUGUGCAAGGCGGGGAUGGGAGCUUAUUAUCAUGAAGGGUGAGGCACUCUCCAAGGACGAGCAGCUUCAGAUUGCCUCGAAGACGACGUAUCUCGUUGGCGUACAUGGGAACGGUCUUUCGCAUUUGAUCAUGAUGCCGCCCACUCCUGCCGCAACUGUCAUCGAGAUCUUCUUCCCAACUGGGUACGCGCAUGACUACGAAUGGACUGCGCGGUCACUGGGCAUGAAGCACUUCGCUGUAUGGAAUGACACGUCUACUACGUUCCCAGAAGUGCAAUGGCCCUCGUAUCCGGACGGCUUCCAGGGCGAGUCGAUACCGGUGUAUGGCCCCUAUGUUGCAGAGCUGAUCGAGGGCCGUGCGGAUGGGAAACUGUGA